AUGAAUAAAUUCAAAAUUGAUAUUAGAAAUACAAAUAAUAAAACUAUGUGGUUUCGUUUUCAAACCUUAUUAAUUUCUGGGCUCAUUAUUUUACCAUAUUUUUCCUUCUCGAUUGGAAUUACAUUUUACCAAAGAUGGUUUUUACAGGUAUGAACAGCUGUUAACUUAAAUGAUUAUUUUAUGAAAAGUUUUUAUGUUUGGUGUUAUUUCUUUUUAAAAUAAAAACAAAAUAUAUUUUUUUAUUGUGUUUGUUUCCAGAUAUUCCAUUUUCCCUUGCUUGUUGUUUCAUGUCAUUUGAUUUUGAAAUAUACCUUUUCAAUCAUUUUUCGGUUUUUACACCAUAAAACCACGAGAAUACCUUCUGUAAAAGUACCUUGUGAUGUAAAUGUUUCAAAAUUUGCACCUAUUGGAAUUUCAAGUGGAAUUGAUGUUGGAUUUUCGAAUUGGGGCUUAGAACUUGUUAAUGUUUCAUUGUAAAUUAUUAUUGAUUUUGUAUACUUUUUGUAAUAACCUAUUUAUGAAUAUUUAAAUAUGUUUACUUUUUUUAGGUAUACAAUGACAAAAUCAACAGCUAUUAUUUUUGUGUUAGUUAAUGCAUUGAUUUUACGUCUAGAGAAACCAGUAAGUUUUUAUAAACUAAUGUUUUUAACAUAUUUUAAUAAUAUUAAUUUAAUAUUCUUUUUUAUAGUCUGUAGUACUUUUCCUCACAGUAUUUUCAAUUUCUGGAGGAUUGUUUUUGUUUACAUUCAAAACUACUGAUUUUAGUACAUUAGGAUUUAUUUUAUUACUAACUGCAUCAUUUGCCAGGUAAAUAUAAAAAUUAUAUAAUGUUAAAUUUUUUUGUGUGACAUAUUGAGUGUCCCACUGAUAUAUACUCAUUGUAGUGUCUCCUAAGAUAAUAAAAAUAAUCAAAUUCUGUUUCACAUGUCAUUUUUGUAUUACUCGCCAUUAUAAAGACUACAAAUAUUUAUAUUUUAAUUCAAUUUUUAGUUUCUGGUAUAAUUAUAAAUAUAAAUUUAUUAUUAUUAUUACCGCUAAUUGAUUGUACACUUUUUUUCUUAGAACUUUAAAAAAAUAAUUGAAAAUCGCAAAUUAAUUAAAACAAAAAAUUGAUACAUCAACAUUUUCAAAAAUAUAAACUAUAAAAUAGUUAUCUUCAAAUUUUUCAAAAAUAAUAAAAUAGUUAUUUUUAUUUAUUAUUCAGAGUCUACUUAAAUUUUAAGCUUAUGCAUUUUGUGACUUGUAUGAAGAAUAUAAUAGUUUCUUUAUUAUAUAUAUAUAUAUAUAUAUAUAUAUCUGUAUAUCUGUUAUACUUAACAUCAUUACUGUCAUCUAUUUUAUAGUUUUUAAAUGUUCACAAUAUACUAUUAUUAUAAAGAUGAAGAGUUUGUAUGUUUGAAUGUGGUAAUCUCAGGAACAAAUAGUCUAAUUUGAAAAAUUUUUCUUGCGUUUUUCUUGGGAAAUUUAUUGGCUACUUUUUUUUUUUUUUUUUUAUAAAUUGUAAAUUGUUUUCUAAGGUGAGACUUUAAUAUUAGUAUGAAUAAGUUAAAUAAAACAGUCUAUAUCACUAUAUGAAUAAUCUGAAAAUUAUCGUUGUUAACUGUAAAUAUAUUGCCACAGUGGCAUUUACAAUACAUUUCAACACUACGUUGGAAUAGUCUCAGAUUCGAAUCAUUAAACACAAUUGAUGAACAAUUGGUUUACUCAAUAUAUUGGAAAAACCAACAAAAAAAAUGGGAAAAUCGGUACAAUGUUAAACAAAUAUUUUUAAAGAAAGUAUUAAAUGCAUCAUUAUAAUCAUUUUACCAUAAUAUAACAUAUAUAUUGUUGACUAAGCCAUACUAUUAACUGAACAGUGCUCAGAUUUGUUUUUUUGUUUGCAUUAGUUUAUCGUUGCUUACAGAUAAAUAUUACAUUCUCAUUUGUAUCCUACCUCCCAAUUUCCCACCUACAUUAGUAGUUGCAGUCACUUUGCGAAUUAUGUCCUUUUUUGAUACUUUUUUUAGAUUACCACAGUAUUUUUUAAAAAUGUUUUAAUGAAAAUAAAAAAAGCCUGUAUUAUUUAAGUUUAAUUUUUAUCUAAAGUUUUCGAGUAACUAUGGUGGGACAGGGCUUUAGUCCAGUUUACAUGAUUUAAAAAUGAGCAUUUGAAAGGAUAUUAUUGUUUAUUGAUUCAACUUUUAAAUUUACAUACUACUAAUAUAAAUUUGGAAGUUUGGAUGGAUGUUUGUGACUUAAUCACCCAUUAUUGCUUAAUGAAUUUAAAUGGAAUAUGGCACACACACACAUGGAAUCUGUUCUGGAUCAACGCUUAGCAUAUCCAACCCCUAAAAGAUGAUUGAUAACAGUGUUUUUGGAAUAAAAUUCUAAUUUUUUUCGUUGAUUUAUGAUUUACUUUUGGUAACAUGAAUGAAAAAAAAAUAUUUGUCUUUAUUAGUUAAUUUGGUUGUUACAAAAAAGAGUAAUCUUUUAAAAAAACUAAAACUUUUUUUUUCUGAUCAAUACUGUAAACAGAUUAAACCGUGUGGGACAGCUAGUAUAAUAUAAAAAUUAUUAAUAUUUUACAGUGGUUUUCGUUGGACACUAUCACAAUUCAUUAUGCAGAAAGCAGACAUGGGUAUAAAAAGUCCUGUUGAUAUGAUUUAUUUUAGUCAACUCUGGAUGUUUAUUGCAAUAUUUCCUAUGUCUGUGUUUUUAGAAGGUAAAUAAUAUUGAUUAUUUAUUAGAAUUUAUUUAAAACCAAAAUUAAAUUAUGUGUCGCAAAACUGAAUUGUUUUUCAAUUUUUUUAGACAUUUAAAACAAAAUUUUUUCCCAUUAUAGUAUAAAUAUUUUAUUUAUAUUUAUUUGCGUUAACCUGUAUAUACUAUAAAUUGCCUAUUUAAGUUAACAUUUCAACUAGUCACAUUGUUUUUAAUGAUUGGGUUUCUAUAGAUAAGAUAGUGAGCAUCUGCCAAUGUCAUUUAUUAAUUAUUUACUAGUUUAAAAAAAUUGUUGACUGCAUCAGAAUUAUUUAAAAAUUCAAUAAUGAUUGUAAAUAAAGAUUGAAUAAAAAUAAUAAACUGUUAUUGAGGGACAUUCACAAUUUGUUUUUUUCUCACAUCUUGAUCAAAGUUGAUGUGAGUCAGGGUUUUUUUAUGAACAGUAAAUUAUUUUGAAUUGGUCUUCUAAAUUUAGGCUCCAUGUAGACAGGUGCAACAGGUGCAUCGGGUACCUGUUGAAUGUUUUUUGAGGUGCUGAGCACCUCAUACAAUUUGUUAUCAAAUAUUCUUAAUAAUAAGUACAUUUUUUCUUCUGCUCCUUUCGAAGAAAAAAUAAUCUGAAUUUUCAGCACUGUGGCGGUUAAAAUCAUUUUAUAGGUUAAUAAUGUCUCAAUAUUGCUUGAAUGGUCUGGCAAUACUGUAUAUUCAUAGGAAUGAAGAUGUGGCUAUUCAAAAAAUAACAAUUUUGUUCGAAUAAAAUUACAAUUCGUUAAAAUAUAUUUAUAUUUAUAGAAUAUUAUUUUUCUUUUUUAAGUAUGGUUUAAAGUAAGUUUUUAAGAAUGGAUCGUUAAAGCCUUUACAUGCUCAUUUUUAUAGGAGGGGGGGGUUACCUUAAGCACCCUAUGAUUCUUAUAAAUAUUGGUGCCUAGUCUUCUAAAUGUAUGUAUAGUAUUAUAAUAAUGAGUAUUAACUUCAAACAAUACAUUUUUACUUAUUUAAAUUGAAUAGUAAUGUACACCCAGUGUCAUAGUUUACAUAAUUAAACAAGUACCUCUGCCUCUAAACGUGUUUAUUCAGUUUUGUAAGAUCAAAUCUAUUGUUAAGAUUUAAGGAUAAUACGUACAUUGGUUAUAUUUUUGAAAAUAUUGAAGUAUUUCUCCAAUUGUAAAUCCAAAAAUAUUUGUAUAACAUUUAUUAAACAAAAUUUCUUAGAUUGUUCCUACUAUAUAUUCUUUAUAUUGAUCAUAUCUGUGUCUAUAUUAUAAUAUUUAAAGUUUAAUUUUAUUGAACAGGUAAUGCAUUUUUAAAUUGGUGGAGUAGUAAUAAAAACACUGAAUGUUUACAAAUGAUCUCACGAAUUUUAAUUGGAUCGAGCCUGGCCUUUGGUCUUGAAAUUUCAGAAUAUUUUGCUGUAUACAAAACAUCUAGUAUAACACUAAGUGUAGUUGGAAUUAUAAAAGUUAGUAUAAUGUAUUUAUUUAUUUAUUUAUUUUUUUUAUUAAUUUUAAUUGGAUUAUUUAUCAGGAAAUUUGCACUUUGAUUUUGGCUGUGGAAUGGAAUGGUGAUAAAAUGAAUAGUGCAAAAUUUUUAGGUUUAGCAUUAUGCAUGAUUGGUGUUUUUGGACAUGUGUGGCAAAAGUAUAUAAAUUCAAGGUCAAUUGACAGUCGAUAUGGCAUUAUUGGUGAUGACAAUAAGCAUUUAACAUUACCUGAGAGUGAUUCUGAUGAUUCGGAAUAUUCAAACAGUUCCAAUGAAGUGCUUUUUGAUAUACUAAAUAGGCGAAAUUCUUAA